AUGACGAUCGGAGCUGCAACAGCGGGUGUUGACACCACGAUUCUUCGACCCCAACAUCACUCAUCUCCUCUACCACCGCGUCCAAGCGCUCCCAUACUUCAUCCCGAGGAUCAUUUGCUCGAAACAGCCACAGCGAAUGAAGCAGCAUUGCUUAAUCAAAGCCAAAUCGCUGCCCGCCACGCUGUUUCUAAAGAGCUUCCUAUAUAUAGUGGUAACCCUGAAGAAUGGCCCCUAUUUAUCGCUACCUUUGAGAAUACAACACGAUUGUGCGGGUACACAUCCGAGGAAAACAUGGCUCGGCUGCAGCGAUGCCUUAAAGGUAAAGCUCUAGAGGCCGUCAGAUGCCCGCUUCUACAUCAUUCGAACUUGGGUCACGUGAUGUCGACGCUUAAGAUGCUAUUCGGUCGGCCUAAAAUCAUUGUCUACUCAUUAGUGCAGAAGAUAAACCAAAUACCAUCACCAAGAGCGGAUAAAUUGAAUUCGAUAGUUGAUUUCGCUCUAGCGGUACGUAAUAUGGUGGCUACAGUGCAGGCAUGCAACCUAGAGGAACACCUCUGUCACAUCUCUCUCCUGCAAAACCUAGUGGCUCGACUGCCGCCGAUGAUUAAACUCACCUGGGCAACCCAUCGCCAAAACUUGCGGCGGAUCACACUUACCGAGUUCAGUGACUGGUUGUAUACUCUAGCAGAAGCUGCCAGUAUGGUGACAGUACCUUUCCUACCAAAUGUCACCGAAAAUAAUUCUCGGCGGGGAAGAAAAGACGACGGAUUUAUUAACGCUCAUUCCGUAAACGCGCUAGAUUCACUAUCAAGUGAACCGGCAUGCGCCGAAUGUACUAUUUGCCAAGGAAGUUGUACGUCAGUGGAGAGUUGUAAACAGUUUGCGCGUUCAGAUCACUCCGCUCGGUGGGCCCUUCUGCGGGAACACAAGCUAUGUCGCUGUUGCUUACGAGCUCAUAGAGGUCUAUGUAAAUUUGGGAAACCAUGCGGAAAAAAAGGGUGCCUUUACAAACACCACCGUCUGCUUCAUAACGAUGCCAAAGAUAAAUACGACAAUGCCCAGCUUACCCAAACACAAGCAAAUGUGAACAGCCCUAGCAAUCCGGUUCCCAAUGAUUUUGCCUGCAAUACUCACCGUGUGAACGGAAGGUCCGUGUUAUUCAAAUACCUUCCCGUGACGCUGUAUAACCAGGGAUUAUCCAUAAACACCUACGCCUUCGUAGACUGCGGAUCAUCCCUAACCUUGUUAGAGGAAAGCCUUGCAACUGAGCUUAACCUUCACGGAGAAAAGCACCCGCUAUGCUUGCGCUGGACUGCCGAUACCUGCCGCUACGAGGAUUCAUCCAUUAAAAUCACGAUGGACAUAUCGGGGUCCCGCAGCUCCAGCAGAAAGUACCUUCUUUCUGACGUCUAUACAGUAAAGGAGCUAAAUUUACCCACUCAAUCCUUGUCGGCCGAGGAGCUUUCAAGAAAAUAUAGCCACCUUAAGGGAAUACCAGUGGACUCAUACGUUGAUGUUCAACCCAGAAUCCUUAUUGGUAUGAAUAACAUACGUGUCGUACAUCCGCUGCGCAGUCGUGAAGGGAACGAACAUGAACCGAUAGCAGCAAAAACGCGUCUUGGGUGGAUGGUUUAUGGUACUAGUUUGAUACACGCUGCCGUUGCUGGACCUGCUCGUAGCUACCACAUAUGCUCCCAUUCAUACAACGACAACGUUCCCACGGACAAUUAUCUUGACGCCGCCGUGAAAAACUACUUUGCUCUUGAAAGCUUGGGAAUCGUCAAACCCGAAAAGGCAUUGCUUUCUUCAGAAGACGAGCGAGCCAUGAAGAGUCUUCGUUGUAACACAAUAUUAAAAAACGGUCGCUAUCAAACAAGUCUCCUAUGGAAAUAUGACGACGUGCGCUUUCCGGACAGCAAGCCAAUGGCAAUACGGCGACAUCACUGCCUUAUGAAGAGAUUGCAACGUGAACCAGAAUUGGGAAACAUACUGCAAAAUAAGAUUGCUGAUUAUAUAACAAAAGGAUACAUCCGAAAGCUAACACCAGAUGAAUCUAUGAUGCCCACAGACCGCGUAUGGUAUUUACCUAUAUUUCCGGUAUUCAAUCUAAAUAAACCGGGUAAAGUACGCAUCGUUUGGGAUGCUGCAGCGACUGUUGGUGGGGUCUCAUUAAACUCUGUUCUCCUAAAGGGACCGGAUCUGCUGACAUCCCUACCGUCAGUACUAUACAAAUUUAGAGAACGUCGAGUGGCGAUAUGUGGUGAUAUCCGCGAAAUGUAUCACCAAGUGUUGAUAAAUGACGCUGACUAA